UUCGUUCGUUAGAUUGGCAACGCCAGGCCAGACGAUUGUGCGCGUGUUGUAAACAUGGAGCGAGUAGGUUUAUAUUUAAAUAAAAAAAUUGUAGUGUUUUUAAUUGGAAUUGUAUUAAGUGCCGUGAACGCAAAUCUAGUACAUAAAAAAUUCGAGUACAAAUAUUCAUUCAAGCCCCCAUACUUGGCCCAAAAGGACGGUUCGGUACCGUUUUGGGAAUACGGUGGAAAUGCGAUAGCGAGUGCGGAAAAGGUGCGAAUUGCCCCGUCCCUUCGCAGCCAGAAGGGGGCUAUAUGGACCAAAAACCCCAUCAAUUUCGACUGGUGGGAAGUCGAUAUUGCGUUCAGAGUCACAGGGCGGGGGCGCGUGGGGGCUGACGGAUUGGCGUUUUGGUACACUCAAAGCAAGGGGGCUUAUGAUGGCGAGGUUUUCGGCUCGUCUGACCAAUGGGUGGGUCUUGGUAUAUUUUUUGACUCGUUUGACAAUGAUGGUAAACACAACAACCCUUACAUCAUGGCUGUGGUCAACGAUGGGACCCAACAAUUCGCCCAUCAACUUGAUGGGAGUACGCAAAUGUUGGCCGGUUGUUUGCGCGAUUUCCGUAACAAACCUUUCCCCACAAGGGCCAAAAUUGAAUAUUACCAAAAUAUUCUCACAGUAUUAUUCCAUAAUGGUAUGACUAAUAACGAACAAGAUUACGAGGUUUGUUUGAGGGCUGAAAAUGUUGUUUUGCCCAAAAGUGGAUAUUUCGGACUUUCGGCAGCGACAGGUGGAUUGGCUGAUGAUCAUGACGUCAUUCAUUUCUUAACCAAUAGCUUACAUCUACCGGGUCAGAUCAGCACUUCGAAUGCGGUGCCGGGGGAGGAGCAACAAAAGCUGACUCAGGAGUAUCAGGAUUACCAACGGAAAUUAGAGCAGCAGAAGGCCGACUAUAGGAAGGAGCAUCCUGAUGAGCAGAAAGACCCCGACAUUGACGAAUGGUUCGAGUCGGACAGCCAGCGCGAGUUGCGCCAGAUUUUCCAAGGCCAGAAUCAAAUUUUCCAAGUCGUCCGUGAAUUAAACAACAAAUUGGACGAAGUUGUUGGUCGUCAAGAGCGCACAAUGAGUUUAAUUACACAAAGUGCCGGUGGAGUGGCAGCACCGUCGGCUACAGGCCACGCCCCUGCCCCAGCAGGUGGUUACGCAGGUGAUACGAUCAGGAGACACGAAGUCGAUGCUGUUUUUAAUAAUCAGAAUCAAAUUUUGAACACGGCGAGAGAAAUUCGGCAAUUUAUACUGGAAUUGAAGACGAGAGCUGACACUAUUUUGAAUAAUCAAGCCAAGCAACCAACGGCCCAAGUACAGUCAGUGGGGUAUGAUACGCAGUCGCUUAUUUCCGAAAUGAGAGAUGGGUUGAACCAUGUCAAGCAAAAUGUGGCUCAAGUGGCGCAAAAAAUCGACCAAAGUCCUGGCGGGUGUCCUAGUGUUUCGUGCGUUUCGGUCACUACUUUGUUGGUUAUAACAGUGGUGCAGUUGUUGGUGAUUUUAGGGUACAAUAUUUACAGAGAUAAUAAAGACAGUCAAGCGAAGAAAUUCUAUUAGAUUUGGUUGUGAAAGUUGUGAGAUAAGCUAAGAAUGACACCCAAUGGUCACAAAAAUUGUUAACCGUCUUCCCUUUUAUUAUUUAUUGUACAGUUACGUUUAAUGAUUCCUAAUGUGUAUAAUAAGUGAUUUUUGUUUGCCACUUACUCUGUUUUGAAAGACUUAAAUUCCUUUUGUGUAUAUGUAAGAGUGGAAUGUACUUUUUUACAUUUUUAGAUGUUAAAUUAAUAAAAGUCGGUAAAGAACAA